UCGUUUCUUUAAGUUAAAUGUUGUUAGGCUGUUAGGAUAGCUAGCGGUAUUAUUUAUUAAGUUUUUAUCAACUUGGAACUAGUAAACGGAUGGCACGAAACGGGAAACGAAGUCAUUAAGAAAGAUAGAUAGAUGGAAUGAGAUUCGCUUCGCUGACGUUUUAAAUUGUGUGUGGAUAUUUUUUAAGUUUGUUCAAAAAGCCGGAUAAAUUUCUACUGCAUUGGAAAUAGAGUCAAUGCAAUUAGCAUUAAUAUAUGAUAUGAUAUAUAAAUAAACAUAUAUUAUGUACAACUAAGAAAUUCAAUCAUUAAAAGUUUAUGUAAUAAAUUAAAUACGAAGAAACAACUACAGUGACCUGUGUGUAAUUAAAAUAAAUUAAUCAAAUAAUACGAAAAUAACAACAACACGAGUACAACAAUAGCUGCAACGACAAUAGCAAUAGAAUUUUAUUGAAAAUGACUAAGCCCGAUGUGCGCAAAAGAAAGCUAAGUUCUGGUGAUGACAAAACCGCAUCUGGCAGCAGACGCAAAUCACCCAAUAGUUCAACGGGCAGCGGUGGUGGUGGUGGUUUACCAAAAGGUCUCAAGUUGUCUUUCUUCUGCUUAAUCAUAUCAGUGUGCUUAUUAUUGGUUGUAUUUGGUUUGUACAUUGAUACGACUAGUCCAUUUUUAGUCCAAUUAGCCUCUAAAUUAGGCUAUAGCAAAAAUCAGUAUGCUGUGAUUAUUGAUGCGGGAUCGACUGGUAGUCGUGUGCUCGCCUACAAAUUCGAUCGUAGUUUCAUAGAUAACAAAUUGGUUCUAUCCGAUGAACUCUUCAAGGAACGCAAACCGGGUCUCUCCUCAUUUGCUGAUGCCCCAGAAAAGGGAGCUCAUUCAAUUAAAUUACUGCUAGAUGAGGCUAAAGCUUUUAUACCCAAAGACAAAUGGGCUUCCACGCCAUUAGUACUAAAAGCCACUGCAGGCUUAAGGCUCUUACCCCAUAGCAAAGCUGAGAAUCUUUUAAAUGCAGUACGUGACCUUUUUACCAAAUCUGAGUUUAGUGUCGACCUUGAUGCCGUUGAAAUUAUGGAUGGUACCGAUGAGGGCAUAUUCUCUUGGUUCACCGUCAACUUUUUGUUGGGACGUCUAUCGAAAUCUAAUCAAGCAGCAGCUUUAGAUUUGGGUGGUGGCAGCACUCAAGUAACCUUCUCACCCACUGAUCCCGAACAGGUGCCGGUAUAUGAGAAAUAUAUGCAUGAGGUGAACACUUUAAACCAAAAAACCAAUGUCUUUACCCAUUCCUAUCUGGGCUUGGGUUUGAUGGCCGCUCGUCAUGCGGUCUUCACCAAAGGUAGUCACAGUGAAGCCACCAAUUUGGAAUCGAUUUGUGUCAAUCCCAUAAUCUCCAAUAGGACCUGGUUGUACAGCAAUGUGGAAUAUAAGAUCUCUGGCAAGGAUCAUGCCAAAUCAACACAAGAAAAUCCCAUUGUAGACUUUGAGGCCUGUUUGGAUUUGGUUAAAAGCAAAGUAAUGCCUUUGGUUAAGCCCAAACCAUUUACGCUGAAACAACAUACAAUUGCAGCAUUCAGCUAUUACUUUGAAAGGGCCACCGAGUCAGGACUUAUAGAUCCAUUUGAAGGUGGCGAGAUCACGGUGGAGGCUUAUCGCAAAAAGGCGCAGUCUGUAUGUGCCAUACCCAAUGAUGAGCAGCCGUUUAUGUGCUUUGAUUUGACAUAUAUAUCCGUGUUAUUACAUGAGGGAUUCGGCUUGGGAGAGGGUAAAAAAAUAAAGCUAUACAAAAAAAUUGAUGGCCAUGAGAUCUCAUGGGCGUUAGGCUGUGCCUAUAACAUUUUAAUGAGUGAUGAUAAAUUUAAUUCUUAAAUGAUAUUAGUUUAUUUUUAAUUAUAUAUUUUAUAUUAGUGUAUUAUUGUUAUUUUAAAUUUUUAAAUUUUUAGAUUUUUUCGUUUUGUUUGUUGUUCUUAGCAAACUCCACACUUUACAUACACCACCCCACCUUUUGUUUGUCCAUGUUGUGUGCUAAUCUAAUAUGCAAUAGUGCCUUAGAAUUUAGCUUUUCCUAUUUUGAUUGCACAUAUCACAUUAUAUACACAGCAUAUAAAACUAUUAAUUGGUAACACUUAAAAAUAACUACACUGUAAUGUUUUAAGUUUUUAUUCGUUAGACAAAAAUUAAAGAAGUAAAAAAAAAACAAAACGGGAAUAAGGACCUGCCUGAUUACACAAAAAUCUGCUAUAUUGUAUAUAGUAUUUUAAUUUUUUAAUUUCGUUAACUGCAUUCUUUAUAUACUGUUAUUGGUAGAAUGAACUUGAUAGAGCCAAAUAAAUGGUACUAAAAAACGAAAAA